AUGCAAUGUACAUGUGUUUUUAUCCUUCUGAUCGGUUUAGCAGCUAUUCAAGCCACGUUUUCAUUUGAUACAAUAAAUGAUGAUCAAAGUGAAAAUAAACUCGAUGAAAUCCGACAAAUUCCAUCGUCAUUAUUAUCGGAGAAACAAACCAAUAUACGUGCAUGUAUAUCAAAAUUUCAGUUGUCAAAUAUUUUAAAUCGAAAUCGAAGAGCAUCAAUAUCUCGUCCAUAUUUUCAAUAUGUACGACCAGCUCGUGAUAAUCGACAUUACUCAGCUAAAAAUUCAUUGGCAUUUUCACCUCGUCUAGGAAAACGAGCAAUUGAAGGUGAAGAUGAAUUCGAAAAUUUUGAUACAAGAUCUGCAUAUCCAUCAAGUGAUCUCGCUAGACUUCUUACAGCACUUGUGAAUCAUUUACAAGAAGAAAAAAUCGAUGUUGUUUAUGAAGAUUCAACCAAAAUCUGUUUAUCAAAACCAAUUAGUACUCCAAUUAUUCAAGAAUUUUUCGACAAAUAUGUUGCCAAUCGACGUAAUCAAAAUGAACAAGAUAGAGAAGAAGGACAUCAACGGCAAUCGACAGGAAAACACCCAGUACUAUUUCGUUAUCGUCUCGGUUAG